CAACCGUAACGACAAAAGUACUAAUCUGAAAAUUAAGAUUAAUCUGAACAGCUAAAAUGAUAUUUAUGAGUGCUAGUCUCUGGUUGCUGAGUGCCAAAUCGAACAAAAUCACUUGGAUUAUGCACUUUUCACCUGUACAAAUGUACAGGCCCUAAAUAACCAACUGAAAAAAUGUCUUGAAGCGGGCAAUUCCUUGUACCACUUAGUCUUGAAUUGUAAUGGGAGCCAUAAGAUUUAUUGGAGGGGGCGGAAAUUUUAGCUUUGGGUUUCAGCAUUUUCCAAAACGGAAUCCCAAACAUAGGCCUGCAGGUGGCAAUGAUGCAAAUUUUAACACGAGAGGAAAAGAAUGGCAAUUUCCCAUGAAGUCAGCCAUGACUGCAGCAUCCCUUGCUCUGACAGGUGAUACGAUUGCUCAGUUCAGAGAUCCCAACAAAUCCGAAUCGAACAUCCAAAAUCCCACCCCCUCCGACAUUAAGGAUAUUGUGGUUGCGAAACUGAUAAAACAUGAUUGGCUAAGGGCUCUGCGGAUGACAACAUAUGGAUUUCUUCUGUAUGGUCCAGGUUCACAGGCAUGGUAUGAGCUACUUGACAGGGCCCUUCCAGAGCAAACCUUGAGAAACCUUUCUGUUAAGGUUACUUUGAAUCAAAUUGUACUUGGUCCUUGUGUGAUUGCUGUUGUCUUUGCAUGGAAUAGCCUAUGGCAAGGGAAGCUUAAAGAGCUUCCUAAAAAGUAUCAAAAGGAUGCAAUCCCUACACUCAUUUAUGGAUGGAAGUUCUGGAUUCCUGCUAGCGUGUUGAAUUUCGGGGCUGUACCUCUUCAAGCACGUGUGGCAUUCAUGUCAUGUUGUUCUAUUUUUUGGAAUUUCUACCUUUCAACAACUAUGGGGAGAUCCUGAAGCAUGUGUGGGUAAUGUCUCAUACAUUUUAGAUGCAUAAGAGGAAGAUUUUUAUACCUGAAAAGUAGGAAUACAGUUGUAGAAGUAUUCCACUAUUUCUUGUUCUUUGAGAGCUGUUGUGACUAGACUUUCACAAAAGCUUCAAGUUUUGACUUGCUGCUGCAACACUUGUGUUAGUGGUAUGGCUUUGACAUAUCUUGGUAUAUUGUAAGGUUUACCACAUCAUUUUGAUCGAUAUUCAAAAAACUGGUCUCAGAAUUGGGUUGGUUACUUUUUGCAUUCCUGUUGACUAGUAACUACCGUAUUUGGGGCGUGGGAUCUAAAUUUACAGCUUUUCAUAACUGGUGGUAAUUUCAUGAUAAUUUGGUGUCA